AUGCCUUUGUUGUUCUCUGUUCAGGUCGACAAGAACACCGCUGCAUUUGCGCGGGCUCAGGGGCAUGAGGACGCUGCCACUGCUGCAGAUGACGAAACCAAUCUAGACGAGAGCACUGCUGUAGUUGCACCACGCGAGGAGAGAUGUGCAGAUCAGGGGGAGCAGGGGGUCGAUCGCCUGUCGUCGCAGGCUGCGGUAUCAGAGGAUGCGAUGAAGAUAGACGAGAGCACUGCUGUGACAAUGCGAGGCGAGGAGAGUUGUGCAGAUCACGGCGAGCAGAGAGGCGAUCACCCCACGCCGCAUGCUGAGAGGUCAGAGGGUGCACGAGAGCAGCAAUCGGAGGCCGCCCCCAUUACCGAGGCCGCCACACCGCACUUAAUGGCGUCGAACGAGGCUCCGGUGGCGAUGGAAGUGCAGCAGGAAGGGAGGGGUCUCAAGCGGCGUCGGUCGUUCGAUGGGGGCCAGAAGGCUCUCGCCCUGCGCUACAAAGCAUGCGGGUAUCCGGUAUUCUCCGCAUCGAUCUCCUGGGACGCCGCCAAGAACAAGAAGGUGCUCAGGAUGCCCGAUCGAUGGCAGCGCUGCGACCUGCGAAACUGCCUGGCCUCUUUCUUCGACCCCAUGGAGCCUGCCAUCCUGAUCAACACCACCACGUGCGACCUCGUAGCCCUCGACGCGGACGUCUGGACAUGA